CAUGGAUUUAUACAGCAGUAAGGAGAGUAUACGAACGAUGGUUUGGGAUUAUCUGGAGGAACAUGACCUAGCUGAGUUCCCACGGCCGGUUCAUCACAGGAUACCAAACUUCAAGGGGGCAGCUGAAGCCUGCAAUAGACUAGGAAGCAUGGAGAUCUUCCAGAAAGCAAAAACGAUAAAAGUGAAUCCAGACAAACCUCAACAACAAGCAAGAUUUCUGGCAUUAGAGGCGCACAAGACCCUCCUGGUUCCCACCCCUCGGCUCAGAACCGGUCUUUUCAACAGGAUUACCCCUCCCCCAGGAGCCAACAAGAAGAUGCUUAGGACCUGCUCAUCUUCACAGGGAGUGAGGCAGUACAGUUCACCAGUAGGUCUGGAUGCAGAGGUCAAGGUUGACCUGGUCCUCAUAGGGUCAGUGGCUGUCUCUCCUAAAGGAUACCGAAUUGGUAAGGGUGAGGGUUACGCAGACAUGGAGUUUGCUAUGAUGUCUUCCAUGGGAGCCGUUAACCAGAAUACGGCCGUCAUAACAACCGUCCACGACUGCCAAGUCAAGGAUGAUCUUCCCGAAUAUAUAUUCGGAGAGCACGACCUGGGUGUCGAUUUCGUCGUGACACCGACACGGACAAUAAGGUGCGAGAAUAAACGCGCUAGGCCGAAAGGAAUCUCCUGGGAGCUGUUGACACAGGAGAAAUUUUCCAAGAUACCGGUCCUGACGAUGCUGAGGCGACGGGAAGCAGAGAUGGGAAUCGAUGUGAGGUUGAAAGAGGAGAGACAAGGAUGUUUAGACUCUUCCACAGCUGUUUCUUCAAAGGAUUUUUACAAUAGUAAAGAGAAGAGAGUUGGAAGUUUAGACUCUUCCACAGCUGCUUCUUUAAAGGAUUUUCGCAAAAGUAAAGAGGAGAGAGGUGGAAAUUUAGACUCUUCAACAGCUGUUUCUUCAAAGGAUUUUCGCAAAAGUAAAGAGGAGAGAGGUGUAAAUUUAGACUCUUCAACAGCUGUUUCUUCAAAGGAUUUUCGCAAUAGUAAAGAGGAGAGAGGUGGAAGUUUAGACUCUUCCACAGCUGUUUCUUCAAAGGAUUUAUACCAUGACAAUCUUUAUCCUGCAAAGGUGUGUGGUAAAAAUCCUGGUGCUCACUCUACAGAGCUGGGUCAGAGAGGUAGAGAUGUGGCAGGAUGUGGAAUAAGCACUACAGCAGAGAGACAUUCUCAAGGAAUCAGAAAAGACAUGAUGAACCCAAAGGAACCUGAAAGCCAUAGGAGUGAACACAUAAAUGAGACUGGGAGAGAUGCGAUGUAUCAAAGAACAGACAUGAAGGGUCAAAGUGCAAAUUCAGGUCAAAGGUCGAAAGUUAAUAAGUCUGGCUCUAGUAGGAGAAGAGAUUUAGCCGGUAUGUUUGCAUGGAACUAGAUGAUGUAGAUGUACACUGUUGCUCAUAUAGUUUGAAUAUUUUUUUUAAAAUCCCAAUUUAUGGAAUUAUUUUGACAAUGGUUAAAUUCCUAAUAGAUUUAUAAAAUAGUAUACAUUCUCAAAUUUUAAUGAAAAAUAAUUUGCCAGUGUUUGUCAACCUUACAGGUCUGUAUGCGUGUUUGUACUCUAUAUCCAUGCCAUGAUGAAUUCAUGUACACAUGUAGCAGUGGAGAUGAGUUUAAGGAGUUAUGAUAUUUUAGCAACAGUCCAUAUUGUUUCAAUGUAUCGUUUCAAUGUACACUGUCGCUCAUAUAGUUGGAAUAUUUUUGUUUUACCCCAAUUUA